UUGCGGCGGCGUAUGACACAAGAGAACCUCGAAGCUGGCGGUGCACUCGAUUAGGCCAUCGGUCCGGUCGUUCGCGUUGGGCCGCCUUGGCCGCCGGGGCCCGCGGCCGCUUGUUUGCUCGCCGGUUUCAAGGCUGGCGUUGGCACAUAGGGGGUAUCAAAGGUGUGCACGUGUAGCGCUCAACUGCUGUCGGCGCCACGCAUCCCUUCCGGAUGAGGGAGCAGGAUAGUAGGCAUCAAGAGCAGAUCACGCUUGUGGAUACACGAAGGCUGGAAGGACCACGCCCGCGGCCGCACCGUUCUCCGGCCGAGAAGUUAUUCCUGGGUGUCAUGUCCUGUCGAUACAAGAUGAUCGGGUGCGCGAGCAGUGGGCAUCCAUCAUCGUCACCACAACCACCACAACAGCAACUACUGCGGCGAAAAGCAGGUAGGCAGGGCAGUUCAGGGCGCAGCGAACAGUCGACCUUGGGAAGAACAGCACGGAGGAUACUAGAGUUGAGGCGGGGCGAGGCGACACAGCGAGACGAGGCGGCAUCAAGAAGGACCAGAGCAACCCGAGGCCCCCAGGAGGGUCAAAGUCUGGGGCUGCAGUCGGCCUUCUGGGCUUGGCUUCUGGGUCGAGAAGCUGGUGCCCGCAGAGAGGUGCCCAAAAAAAGCAAAGUUGGCGGGCCGGGUCUAGGGAAGGACGCGGGGAAAGGAAAGAUAAACCGAAUAGCCCAGGGAAGGGGUCGCGGGCCUGCUGCGGAGGCGCGAGGCACGGAGUGGAGGAAGCAAGAUGGCGAUGAAAGCGACGAUACCGUUCCGCACGCUCUCUCUCUAUCUCACUCUCACUCGAUUCUCACUCGACUCUCACUCUCGCUUCUGGUGUUGCUUUCCGUCGCGGGCAACCACGGAGGGGAAAGAGAGUAAAAACGAAGGGUUUUCCGAUGUUUGGGGGGCCGACGUCGACUAAAUUAAAAAUCGAAUGGAGCAGGGAAGGGAAGGCGGGUCUGGGUCUGGUCUGGGCAUUGGCAAUGCAAGUUCAUGGGGGUCCAGCAGCCAGCGUCCAAAAAGCGGCGGCACUA